UUAAAAAAAGAAACACGGCGUACGAUAGCUACAGCCCUAGAAAAAUUCUUUGUUUGGUUACUUGCGAUCGUACUGUGGAAGCCGCCGUAAAGCUCCCUCCUUUCUUCAGUCCCCCACACAAAAUCCAGACAGUGGCUAAAUAUCUUCUUCUCCCUCUCGAUCUCUCUCCGCCGCAGAUCUUUCAGAGAGGGAAGGAGAUAUCUUCUAUAUUUACAGCCAAAAUCCUAUCUAGGUAUCUUCAUUCUAAUCCGAUUAAGAAAAUGGCAGCCACACAAGAAGUUCCCAACAGGGAAGCCUUCCGUCAAGCUGUAGUUAACACUCUAGAGCGUCGCCUUUUCUUUAUUCCUUCUUUCAAGAUCUACCGUGGUGUUGCUGGCUUAUACGAUUACGGUCCACCUGGCUGCGCUGUUAAGUCAAAUGUCCUUGCGUUUUGGCGUCAGCACUUUGUACUGGAAGAAAGCAUGUUGGAAGUGGAUUGCCCAUGUGUGACACCAGAGGUUGUAUUGAAAGCAUCUGGACAUGUUGAUAAGUUCACUGAUCUCAUGGUUAAGGAUGAAAAAACUGGCACAUGCUACAGAGCAGAUCACCUGAUUAAAGAUUUUUGUAAGGAAAAACUCGAAAAAGAUCCUAAUCUCUCUGAAGAGAAAGCUGCCGAGAUGAAGCAUGUACUUGCGGUAUUGGACGAUCUUUCUACAGAAGAAAUGGGUGCCAAAAUUAAGGGUUAUGGUAUUACUGCGCCUGAUACUAAGAAUGUUCUUUCUGAUCCCUAUCCAUUCAACUUGAUGUUUCAGACGUCGAUUGGACCAUCUGGUGUGAGCCCUGGGUAUAUGCGCCCAGAAACUGCUCAGGGAAUUUUUGUGAACUUCAAGGAUCUUUACUAUUUUAAUGGAAACAAACUCCCAUUUGCUGCUGCUCAGAUUGGUCAAGCCUUUAGGAAUGAGAUAUCCCCUAGGCAAGGUCUGCUGAGAGUACGUGAAUUUACAUUGGCUGAGAUAGAACAUUUUGUGGAUCCAGAAGAUAAAUCCCAUCCUAAGUUCUCCGAAGUUGAAAAGUUGGAAUUCCUUAUGUUCCCUAGGGAAGACCAGGUGUCAGGAAAGUCAGCAACGAAAUUGUGCAUUGGUGAAGCUGUUCGCAAGGGAAUUGUUAACAAUGAAACACUCGGGUUCUUCAUUGGGAGAGUGUAUUUGUUUCUUACUUCUCUUGGCAUAGACAAGGACCGUUUGCGAUUUAGACAACAUCUUGCAAAUGAGAUGGCCCACUAUGCUGCAGACUGUUGGGAUGCUGAAAUUGAAUGCUCUUAUGGAUGGAUUGAAUGUGUUGGUAUAGCUGACAGAUCUGCAUUUGAUUUACGUGCUCACACAGAUAAAAGUGGUGUUCCCUUAGUGGCAGCUGAAAAGUUUUCCGAACCAAGAGAAGUUGAGAAACUUAUUAUAACACCCAUAAAGAAGGAGCUCGGCCUUGCUUUCAAGGGAAACCAGAAGAUGAUAGUUGAAGCGUUGGAGGCUAUGAAGGAGGAAGAAGCUUUAGAAAUGAAAGCUAAUCUGGAAUCCAAAGGAGAAGUGCAAUUCCGUGUUUGCACACUUAACAAGGAUGUGACGAUUAAGAAAGGCAUGGUGACAAUCUCUAAGGAGAUAAAGAAGGAACAUCAAAGGGUCUUCACACCAUCAGUGAUUGAACCUUCCUUUGGCAUUGGGCGAAUUAUUUACUGUCUUUACGAGCAUUCCUUCUAUACAAGGCCUAGUAAAGGCGGGGACGAGCAGUUGAAUGUUUUCCGUUUCCCUCCACUAGUAGCACCUAUCAAAUGCACCGUCUUUCCAUUGGUUCAGAAUCAGCAGUUUGAAGAAGUCUCCCGAAUUAUUGCCAAAUCACUAACUGCAGUGGGUAUCUCAUACAAGAUUGACCUUACAGGUACAUCCAUUGGUAAGAGAUACGCUAGAACAGACGAGCUAGGUGUCCCUCUUGCCAUUACUGUUGAUUCGACAACGUCAGUUACUGUAAGGGAGAGAGACAGUAAACAACAAAUCCGUGUAAGCGUGGAUGAGGUGGCAUCGGUUGUGAAGGAGGUUAGCGAUGGAAUUAGCACAUGGGCCGAUGUGCAAUGGAAAUACCCUACUCAUUCUUCCACAGUAAGCGAAGACUAACUUAUCUUAAUGCCUUUUCAUGUUUUUCGAACCUCAGACAAAAAAAUUGGAUUUAAUUUAACAGAACAUGUCACCCAAUACAUUAUGAUGUUGCUAUUUGCAACUUUACCCCCCAUGAACAUGUCCAAGACUUGUUUGUUUUAUUUACUUUUCGUAUACAUGUAUGGUUUUUAAUGUU